UCUCCUCUUGCAUUUCAUUCCCCACAAAGAAGCAUCAUCAAAACGGAAGAAAAAAAGAGAGCAAGUUGUAGCAGCAAGAGAAAAAUGCGGUUGUCUUACGUUUGUGAGGGACAAGAGAAGGAAUUGGGAAGACAACAAGCACCUGGUACUUGUCCUCACUGUGGUGGCAAAGUUGAAGUCAUGGAUGUUGAGGUUCAAUCCAAGCUUUGCUUCUUACCUAUGUGUUUUCAAAUCAAGAGGAAAUACUUUUGUACUCUAUGUUCUAGACGUUUAGAAACUUUGUAUGAUUAAAAUAUGCUUAUUUUGUUUAUAUGAAUAUCUUGUUUGUUCUUCUAGGUACCAACAAGUCCAAUAUGUUUAACUACGUACCAAAAAAUAGGCCCCAUAUUGAGUACUUUUGAGAUGAUGUAUUUUUGUCUGAAAUUUUGAAUUAUCGUUUACACCUGUUGUGUUUGAAUCAAAUCAAAGCUUUGUGGAGCCAUAGAUUCAGAUCAACU